UGCCGAUGUUGAUGCUGGUGUUUGUUCUCACCUAAACGUUCAUAAGUACGAGUGUAGAAGUGUGAACACACAAGCAAGAAGUUGUAUAUACCGAGCCACCACUAAUUUCCUCUUAACUACCAUUAACAGUUAUACGUUUGGUCAACCUGUGAAGGGCAACCUCUCGCUAACAGUCAACAACAAUCAGAGGAAGAAAUGUAAAGUCAGUGUCACUCACAAUGUUACUUUCUCUGGGUGUCGAGAAGUGAAAUUUACUGCGCAGGAGAUGAAGGUAAUCGACUGUAACGUGUAUAGUCUCAAGGCUUCCGUCAUCGUCACAGAGGAGGGAACUGAUGUAGAGAUGAAACGUGAGGCUUCAGUUUCCAUCACUCGCAAUGCUGUCUCUUUCAAAACUAUCUACGCAGACGAGUACAUGAAGCCAAACCUUCCCUACACCCUCAAGGUGAGAGCUGAGCUGCCAGAUGGUUCUGUUGCUGCUGGUGUUCCUGUAGAGGUGUGUGCAGCUGGUCGGUGCACCAACAUGACCACAGCACCAGAUGGUCUCUUCACAGUAGUGUUGCCAAACUACGACACUAAUCGCGUCAUGAUAAUGGCUAUGAACUGCCGUGCGAACAUGUAUCAGUCACAGUUCUCCAAGGACCUAGACCAUUACUACUCUCCCUCCAACUCAUCACUCUUGAUCCACGCUCCUGAAGGAAAACUAAAGUGUGUGUCCGGGGAAGCUCAGGAGUACAUUCUGCCCGUGCUCUUCUCUGCCACCGGCCAGACCUCAGCUGUUUUUAUUGUCCAGGUUGUUUCCCGCGGGAAGAUUCAGCACCAGAGUUCUCAAGAGUAUGAGCUGAGUAGUGGUGAGUUGCCCAUCAGUGAAGAACAUUUAGUGGACCCUCUUCCUCCUCCCCCUGAGAACACCAUCAGAGGAGUAGUCAAUAUUAAGGUCUCACUUCCGCCGACAGCAUCUACCAAGGUCAAGGUGUUGGUGUGGUACACACGAGAGGACGGAGAGGUGGUAGCAGACACCAGAGAGUUGGAGGUAGGAAGUGUCUGCCUAACAAGGUGGACCUCACCUGGUCUGUUGCUAAAGCACAACCAGGAGCUGCAGCCUCACUGACUCUGUCAUCAGAGCCACACUCCGUGUGUAGCCUGGGU